UAUGAUCGUAGUAGAGUACACGCACAGUAUAUGGAUUGUGCAAGCAUAGUAAUUGUUACGGUAAUAUUUUGUUUUAGUGCUUGUAUUUAGUUUGUUUUGAAUAAUUAGCAUAACAUUUCGUGAAUUUAAAAAAAUUAUUCCACGAUUUAAUUAUAAGUUUGAAAAUACAUCGAGAUGAGUAAAAAACGUAAUCGACAACCAGAUGCAAAUGGAGAGUUAUAUGAAUGUUCAACUGAUUCGUGUAACGAAUCUAAUAAUACAGAUAAUAAAUGUCCACAUAUACCAAAGGCAGUAAAUUUUAAUAAAAUUAAGAAAUGUGUCAAUAAAGUAGGAAUUAGUAUGGAAUGUUCAAUAUGUAAAAAGUGCAAAAAUAAUUCAUCAAAGCUCAAUGAAAAGGAAUAUGUAACAAAUUCAGCUGUACUGAUUUGUUUACAAUGUGGAUAUCAAGGUUGUGGAAGAGAAGAAUGUGGUCAUGCUUUGGAACAUUAUAAGAAGCCACAUAGUGAUUGUCAUGUUAUGGUAGUUGAGAGUCUUUAUUGGAGUGUUUGGUGUUUUCAAUGUGAAACAAAGAUUAAUAUUGGCUGUAGAAAAAAGCUUCAAGAAACAGUGGAGUUUAUAAAAAGAUCUAGCAUAGUAAAAAAUUCAUUACAAACUAAGACAUCAAUGAUACAAUGUCAAAAGGAAACCAUAGAUAUAAAUAAAGUAGAUAAAGAAAAAGGUUUAUACAAUUUGCCUAAAGUAGGGGGUUUAAUGAAUUUGGGAAACACCUGCUUUUUUAAUGCAGUACUGCAAUGUUUAGCACAAACGCCUUUCUUAGUCAAAGUUCUUGAUGAUUUGCGUCUUCCUGGACAAAAAUUCAUUUUACCAGGAGGCAAACAUAAGUUUGCUAAUAACUCAGAAGAAGUUGAUCUACCACCAAUAGAGGGUAUUUUAGAAGGUUGGGGCAGUUUUACCUCAAUUUUAUGCAAAACACUUACAGAAAUGCAAAAUACUGAUGAACGUCAAUCUUAUCGUCCAUCAGAGUUGUUAAACUCGUUUAAAAAGAAAACAACGCAAUGUAUGGAUGGAGGACAACAUGAUUCGCAUGAACUUCUUAGACAUCUUCUAGAAAUAGUACGAAACGAAGAUCUCAGGAGGUACCAGAGUAUAAUUCUGAAAGAAGUUGGUUUGAACGAAAAAACUAAUCCAGAGGGUGUAGAAGAAAACCUCAAAUCACGUGUAAAAUUUUAUGGAAAUCAGGCUAGUUCAAGAUUACUUGGACCAGAACUUGUUUUUCGUGGGGUUUUAGUUUCAACAUUAGAAUGCCUGGACUGUCAUCAUUCUUCACAGAGUACAGAACCCUUCUUAGAUCUCAGUUUGCCGGUUAUGGCAGAUAAACCACAGCCACCAGUUUUGAAAAGAAAAAACAAUGGCUUUGAAGAUACAUUUGAUAUAAUGGGAAAUAAUAUUUCACAUGUAUCUUCAAAAUAUCAAUCAAAAAAAGAAAAGAAGGCUGCUCGGAAAAAACGAAAAAAUAAAAAACAAGACAUUCGCGAUCAUGGUGAUAGUUCUGUCCCGGAUAAAAGUAAUACUGUUGAAGAAAAUAAUGGUGUACUUGAAUCAGAAGAAAGCGAUGCAGAUGUGGAAGAUAAUGCAGAAAUAGAAGGCCUUAUUCCAGAAGUUGCUGAAUCAGGUUAUAGUUCAGAAAAACAGUCUACGUUAACAAGUCCUGCCUCUCCAUCGACCGAUACGAUGAAAGCAAGGGAAGCUAUUAACGAAAUACCAUUAGAUAAUGACCUGCAAUUGGGUGCAACAAAUAGUAUUUCCUUAAUACAACUUUUAAAUCGUUUUGAUGCAAAUUCGUUGCCCAGUUCGAGUUCGAAUGCAUGUACACCAAAUUUAUCGCAAACAAAAGCUUUAGAUGCUCUAGAUAGUUCUGAAAGCUUGGAAACUGAAAGUGGAAUCCAAACUAGAUUUUCUAUAUCUACUUCUUUAGCAAUGACCUCAGAUUUAACGAGUCCAGAUGAUCCAACUGUUAGUUUCAACCCGAUUAUGUCAAAAGAAAGUUCAAGUUCUAUGAUUACUUUAGCAAAUGGUGAAACUAUGGAAAGUAUUAAAUUAUCAACACCUAGCCUGAAUUUAACGGAUUCUGUUAACCACAUCGAACAAGAAGCAUCUACGUGUAAUCAAUGGAAAACAAGGAGAAAAACAGAAGAAUGUUCUAAUGACGUUAAUAAUAGAUUUGAUAACAUCACUUCUGGUAUUUCAAAAAUAGGAAUUAGUGGUAGUCUUCAGCAAUCACCUACUAGAUAUACAACUAAGGAAGGAGAAUGUUCCAUACAAUCGUGCUUAAAUCAGUUUACAGCUUUAGAAUUGAUGAGUGGAAGCAAUAAAGUUAGUUGUGAAGCUUGUACUGCCAGAGAAAGAAAGGUGAAACCGAAUUGUAAGAUGAUCUGCACUCCAAGUACGAAACAAUACCUGAUCUCUCGAGUACCCGCUGUUCUAAUCCUCCAUUUAAAACGAUUUCAAGCACAACGAGUCGAUUUUCGAAAAGUAACAAGGCAUGUUUCAUUUCCAAUAUUACUUGACCUAGCACCUAUCUGUAAAAAUCAUAAAAAAGCUAGAAUUUAUGCACUGUAUGGUGUUGUUGAACAUAGUGGAACUAUUCACGGUGGACAUUACGUGGCUUACGUAAAGUCACGAUUAGCACUAACAUCAGAUGAUCCUCGAUGGUCAUUUUUGCCACCAAAAGAUGUUAAAGAUUUACAAGAAAGUUCAUAUUCUUCGAGUUCUGAGUCUGAAACUGAAGAAGCAGCUGCAGCUCCCUCAUCGACAGUAAGACCGCCACCCGGUAAAUGGUAUCAUGUUUCGGAUUCCAGAGUAACAGAAGUCGACGAAACAACUGUGUUACAAAGGCAAGCCUACCUCCUAUUUUAUGAAAGAAUUCUUUGAGCAUUUUGAUAAGUCUCAACCUGAAAUCAGCGAAAUUUGGAUUUUACAACAGCGAAAUGCAAUUCAAAUGAAAAAUAAUAGAGCUAAUCUUAAAAUAUUAUAAACGACGACCAUUUAGACUAAUCAAGAGCAAUACUAAAAUUUAUUUCUGGAGAUUUAGAUUUUAAUUUAAAAUUGACUGAUGAGUAUGUCAGUUUGUUAUCAAUAUCAAAUGGGAAUUUUUAUUUAAAAUAGUUUUUCAUUCGAAUUAAUCACGUUGAGAAUGCAUUAUAUAAUAUUUCUUUAAAUUAAUUCAUGAUUUUACUAUGCCUACUAGAACAUAAUUAUAAAAUAUUUAUUUUAUCAAAUAUUCAAUGUAUUUAUAUGCACAACCAUCUGCAACCAGAUUGUGAGGAAGAUUUCAGAAGGUCAACAUUCUGAUAAAGUAUUAAAAUAAUGCGAGUAAAGCUGAAAUUUAUGUUUAGAAUAAAUACAUAAUUAGUAAAUUGAAUUGGGAAUUAAUAUUUUAAUCGUUAAUUAAAUAAAAUAAUACAUUGACAUUUUAACAGAAUUGUUCUAUGUACUGUUACUAUUGAUAAAAUAAGUGUAAAGAUCCACAUUUCAUGCUUACAAAUUUGAAGUCUCAUUUUUUAAAUGUUCAGAUAACUGAUACGGUUUUAUAUUUUUAAAAAUUUGUUUCUGGACCAGUCAAAGUAAUCUUUAAAAAUAUAAUAAAUUUUAAACAAACAAGUUACGGAAUAAAGAAGCUAUUUGUCAAAGUAAUACAUAUUUUGCAGAUAUGGAUAAAACUAUAAAUUACUACUUAUUUUCUUUUACAUGAAUAUAACUUAAAUUUUGUGCUGCUAAUAUAGAUAUGAUAUUAUCAUGAUUUACUUUAAAUGUAGUCAAAUUCUAGAUUGAACUUAAUUAUUCAAAUACAUGUAUUUAUGUGUUUCAAUUGCAUUUAUAAGAAUAAAUUACUAUUAAGUCCAAUUAUCAUAAAUUUCCUAUUGAUUUAUUUCAUUGAUUCAUUAACCACAUUACAUUAAAGAUUACCGCAUCAUCGAGUGCAUUUACGUGUACCAUUGACGCAUUUGUUUUUAAUCUGCAAAUAGUUAUAUAUUAAUCACUCUGCAGAAAUGAAUAUUUGUAUUAAUAAGUAUUAUAGCACAACAAUUUUCUGUAAAUGAUAAACAUAGCGAAAAUUGUAGACUGAUGAUAAUAGUGUAAGCUAUGGCCAUGCGCGCGGACCACGGCGAAACAAUUCCUUUGCGCUCGAUCAUACGUGUCGUUUAUUGGCUCACAUCAAAGAGGUAUUUUAAAAAGUCGAUAUUCAUCCGAAUUCGCCGACUACAACGAAUGACCAAGGUCAUAAAAUUUUUGGUCUGAUACGCCUCGCUGAUUGGUGCGGAGGUGUCUCGAUGAAUUAGUAUAAAUAUCAAAAGACAGUCGAACUUGAUGAAUCUUCUCCUGCACAACUCCAAGUAUACUCAAGUAUAUUCCGAUAAUCCCUGAGAUUUAUUAUCUAUUAUUAAUUGAAUGAUUUUCGGAAUCUCUGAACGUAUUUAAUAAUAGACAUUUCUAUAACACAUGUAAUAUACCUUAACAGUAGAUAUUAGUUAAUGUUAAGGUUUUAUCUCGUAAUAGGGAGAGAGGAAAUGCGUGGAUGAAUGUAUAAUAGAAAUAUAUUUAAGUAUAAGUACAGUGUGUAUCCUAGUCCAGAUCCGCGCGCUGACAGCGUUAUUUUACGAAAGAGCUUCGAAUCCAUGGGCCUGUCACGUAAACUUGAGGGUUUGAUGAUAAAAUAAAAUAGCUCAGUCGUAACACAACUAUCAAUUUUGAUUUUAUUAAACUUUAUUAUGAAUUCAGCAAUCACAAUGGAAUACACACUGAAUUAACACACAUAAAUCACAACUCACUCCAACAACUUUAUGUAAAACUUAGUUACACUGAUACGUUAAGUACGCGACUGGUCUAAGGGUAGAAACUGGUAAAGAGAUAUAUUGACUAUUCUAAGGAUACAGAAUAAGUGAAGUUUUACUGACGAUACUGUGUCUGAGGAAAGCUAGGGGUGGGUGUGUCUAAGGAUACGGGACUAUCGGAUUUGUUGAUGACAAUUUUGGUUAGGAAAGUGAGGGCAGUAGACACCGCUUCCGAUUGGAUAAGAAGAAGGUUGGUGGACCAGGAAGGGUUUUAGCCGCCCUCGAGAGAAAGUUUCUAACGGAAGAUACCGAACGUGAGGGAAACCAACUUUCUCGUGUUAAUCCGUAGUAAACAAUAAAUGUAAAAGAAAACCUGAAACAAAAGAUACUUUUUUGGUCUGAAGGACCUUAACUAUGAAAAUGCCAAGACCCAUGGUGGGUCCUUAAGGCUAUUGAGGAUACGCGCCAAGGAUGUGCAGACAUCUGGCUGCCAUCUUGCCCGCGGUGUGGCCUGGUCUUUGAUGUGGAUUGAUGUUACAGGCCUACGGGUAUUUAUAUAAUUACGAAAAACCGGCCUGUCUGUACCCCGCUGCAUCAUCUGUGCAAGGCAUGUUCCUAGAAAAGGCUGUGAGGCUGAGAGGCCCUUUAAACUGAUUUAGUGCUAAACAAUACUCAAUAGCUCCGAGGGCUAAAAAACUAAACAUUAGAGAAGAUAUGAAGUUUUCCUUGAAGUGAACCCCACUUCAACAGUUAAUAAAUUUUAAACUUCGUACACGAUGCAGAGAGGGGGCUGUUGGAUUCCAAACGUGGCAUUCUAUGCCAGUUGAAUCAUGUUAAAAGCUGAUCUCCUGGAUUUAUGAUUUAUGAUGCGGCAUUAAAGGAUUUGAUAACCGCGAAUGAAAAUCCAAAAACAUUACCUGUACAGGAUAAUUACCGUUUACGAUAUGAAACCAACAAAGGAGGAACUGUAUUUUUUCCAAAAUCUCUUGCCUCAAACGUUUCUGCAAAACGCUCCAAUUAAAACCCAGCAAUAUACAAUGACUCACAUUAAUAUUCAGCACCAUGGUGCGCGAAAUGUUAUAUUAUGUUACUGGAUAUAUAUAUUUAUUCAUUCGUAUCUGUUUCCGUGCUUCCUAUUCCAGUGCACUUUUUUCAGUAAAAAUCAGUAAAUUUGUAAAUUUUGUAUCCUAAAAGCUAAUUGAAAUUGAUCGUAUAGAUGAAAAAUUAAUGAAUUCGUUUUGAAAAGCACUAUGAAACGGUCCGCAGAAGAGUAUAUAAUAGUUACGUCUAGAAAAACUAAUUUGAUCUUUAUAUCGUGCAAAAUAACUACGUAAAAACAAUUCGUUUUCUUUAAAAAAAUAUGCCUUCUUGUGCUAUCCAAUCUUCGUAUAUAACACUUUUUGUAUCUAGAAUACAUUAAGAUAUAUAUUAUAUAUAUGUUAAGCCGUGCCUAGAAUUGCCACGGACAUCCUAUAUAAGUAUGUGAUAAGUAAUAAUAUCUUGUAUAAUAUCAUAACGUUAGAAUGUAAGUAAUUCUAUCUUUUAUAAUUAUCAAAAUAUUCGUCAGGAAAUGAUUUGUUAAAAAAAUGGUCUUUUAUUAUUAUGGAAAUUACGUCUCUUCUAUUUUAUUCUACUUAAUUUUCGAGAUCUUUAAGUUUGAGGAUGUAAUUGUUUGUAAUAUAGAUAUUAUAGAAUGUGAAUUUUUCGUGGGAAAGAUAUUGCGAUUCCUACCGUUUCUAGAUUCGUAGAUAGUGGAAUCUCGAUGGAACUUAUUUGAUAUUGCCGUUUGCAUUUAUUGCAUUUUCCGCUUUCUCUAUUCUUUACGGUGUUAUAGUGUUCUAAUGCAGAAUGGUGGUUAUUCUUGAAGUUUGUUUCUUGCAGGCGUAAUAAAUCUGGGUUGUGUAGUUUUCGGAUUAUUUUGAGUUCUUCGUAGAGUCUUUAGUAUCCAUUUAAGUUCGAUUGUAUAAUCAUUUUCACAAUGGCGCAAUUUGUUUUGUUUAUUAUAAUAUAUUUGUUAGCUGGCAACCUAUGCGAAGUCGGUAUCGAUUUCUGACGUCCAAAUACUCAUGUCUCUUUUGGUGAUUUUGGCGUAAGUUUUUUUCACAGAUCCGGUCAAUUCUAUUCAUUAAGUUAGAAAAAUUUACCAAAUGUCCAGCUGGACAAAUUGUGAAGUACAAAUUAAAUAAUAAAAAAAAAAUUCUAUUCUUGAUGUUUUCUGUACAAUCAUUUACUACUUGUAAUGGAUGGGCAGCUUCAUGGCAGUUUUCAAGGAAUCUUCUUAAUCGGAUCUCGCUGGCUGCUUGAAUGAUUAUGGCUUGUUCUUUGGUAGGGAUAGUUCCGUGUUUUAUGGCAUUAGUGUAAGAUUUAUUGCAUAUAGUUAGGUUUGAUUCCAUUAUAUUUGAAGUUGAAGUAUUCGGGAGUAUCGAUUAAUUGUGAUUCCAUAACUAAUUGUGAUAAACGUGAUACCAUCGUUGUUGGUUUAGAUUCAUGCAAGUAUGUAUAAUAUCAACAUUGUUGUCACUAAUACUUUCUCGUGAGAGAUACCGUUAUCGUUAGACGUCUGUAUUUUAUGACGGUUAACAGCCGAUUGUAUGUUGAUUCACAGUGUUCAGUUUUGCGAUACUUCAUUUCUACACUGAAAUGUCAAUGCUCCAUACUCAUCGGAGACUACACGCUAUUUGCCUUGCUUCUCACUUUUACUGUUCGUGGAAAACCUUUAGAAGCAUUCUUAAUUGGCUAAAACUAAAGGAGGAGUUAGCCAACCGGUAUUUGUCCAUGAUCACGACGGGAGUUGGCAAUGUAACGGUGUUUUUUUCGGGCCCGAGGCCAGAAUGUUAUCGACUAUGGACAUCCGGUCUCGGAUUGCGGUCCCUCGGGAAAAACCUCGACUUAUGACACCAAUAAUUUGCUAUCGAGGCCAUCGAGAAAUACUAUAAUGAAAUCAUGUACUACAGAAAGCUAUUUAUUAAAAGCUAACGAUUUUCUAAAAAAAUAGCUUUGGUGCUUUCGUCUCAUAAACCGUACUAGUCGGUUGCAUAAGAAAUUCCUUCUUUGCUUGUGCAGCUAACCGUUACAGAUAUUUAAAAAGAUUUCGAUAAUAAUGUAAUUUUUCUAGGUAGAAGUACAUUCUUUUAUUAUUAUCAAUUUAUCAUUUCAAGUAAUGUAAUGCGAGCGAUGUGAUGUUGCCAUUUUCAACAAGAUUAUAUUUGUAAUAAGUAAUAACAUAAUGCAUUCAAAUUACAAUCCUUCAUUUACACCAAUAGAGUGCUAACGGCUGAAACUUGUAUUCGUAUUUAAAAUACACUUUUUCUAAUGCAUUUCUUAUACUUUAACUGCAUGUAGUUACGAUUCGUCUGAGAAAAAGCUAGAUGAAGUAGUCGAAAAGCUACUUCUUCGUGGAUUUGUACGGAACUUUAUAAAAUCACUUUGUUAUGACAAAUUUCUAACGUAUAACGAAAAAAUUGUUAAUUUUGAGUUUAAAAGUAUUAUAAGCUAUGAUGCCGAAAGUCUGUACGACUUUCAUUCAAAGUACAUGCACUUGCUCCUAUGGUAGCGAUUAAAAUGAGAUAGGUCCUGAGUUUGUGAUUUAUCAUUUACGUUCACAUAUCGGAAAAAUGAAUCUCUUCAAGAUUUCAAAAAGCGGUUGAAUUUAGUUCAGAAGUCCUCAAGGCUCAAACGUAGCUUUAUCUCCCGUAUCGCUUUAAAAGGGAUGUCUGAACUAAAAGGCGCUUCUGUUUUCUGAGUGUCUUUUGAAGAAGUUUCAAAGAAAGCGGGUGGACAAUGAUAUUCUCAAUUCGUAACAUUUGAGUAAAACUUUUACCAAUGUAUAAUUAAGACAAGACACGAUAUAACUUGGAGCACUGCUUAUUUAAUAACAUUUACUUAUUUGCUUUCAGCUAUGAAAUAUGUAUGUAAGUGUGAUUUAAAGUAUAUUGUCUUUGGUCUCAUUUUAAUUAGAGAAAUCUCAUAAACACGUUAGUAAAAGUUUAAUUUGAAAAAAAUUGUAAAUAAAAAAGUUUCAUCAUUGAAUUAAGGUAAUAGUGAGCAAUUUGGUUAGCGACAUUUUUCAUGCUUUAAUAUGUUAAAAAGAGCUAUUUAAAUGGCGUUUUUCGCAAUUAGAUGAGUAUAUUGUAUUUUUUUUCUUUCUUUCUUUUUUAUGUAUAUCCGUCGAUUUUUUCGGAACGAUUAGACCAAUUGAGAUGAUUCUUUUUGCAUCUUGUAGGGCAUGUUUUCUUGUUGGUUCCACUAAAAAAUUGAUUCAGUUUCUUCAUUCUUAACUAUUGUUGUUGCAAAUUACCUAUUAUUCGCUGAUAUCACUUCGUUAUGUCUGAUUGUUUCACCAUAGACUUGUCACUGAAAGCGAUAAAAUUGGGCCGUUUCAUUGUAAAAUUUUCUAUGGAAGCUUACUUCGUCCAUUUCUGCACAUAGGUUUGUCGCUCAAAGCUAACUUGAUACGUGUUUUUUUAUUACUAAUUCUUCGUUUUAAAUAUGCUUACAUUGCAUCUUGUAAUGUGUAAAGACAUUGUUCAUAUGAAAUAGACCAGAAGUCUUUCUUUACGAAAGUAGUCUGCAUUUCUACAAAUGCUCCUUCGUCGUGCGCUUUAUUGAGAAUUUUGUUUGAUACUAAAUUAGAUACGGAUAGGCCGUUUAAACUUAUCACAUGACUAGGAGUGACGUAGACUUAGCUAUUUAGAAAAUUUUCUUUAGGAAGAUCAAUUACAUCUCUAUUUAAUGUAGUCCUUUGUAAUUUAUGUAUGAUUACUACCCAGCUUAGAAUAAACGAUAACAUUCUCCGUUCAAUGUCUUCAUUAGCUUUCGUCACCUAAAAUGUUAUUACUAUUGGAGAUAUCGGAAUCUAACUAUCGAUAUCUUUGAAUCUGCUUCCAAUGGAUUCAUCGUAAAAUUUUAUAAGUACUGAGUCCGACAAUUUUCCCUCUUCCAGCUGAUCUCUUCGAAGAGUUGGCUAUGUAAAUUUCUUUAAAAUUCCUAUUGCGUCCUUUAUUAAACCAUACAAAAAUUGGCAUGUUUCGUCGCUUUUAUGAUCGCUUAGUUUACGUUAUUGUGUACAAGAAUCCUGUACUGAUCUUAUUAGUAAUCAACCACCUUAUAUGAUGCCACUUUCGUCUCUCCUGUUUAAGUCUUUGUCUUGUCAUUGGCUGAUAGGUUGUAGCAGUGCCUUCCUCCCUUCCUCAAUGGGCAAACAGAAAACGGAAUGCAAAUAUUUCCCGAAUAUUUAACGGCUGAACGACGGUUCUAUUGUUGCAACUACUGUAGGAUUAGUAAGGUUAAGUAUUUUCAAUGAGUAAUAUCAAAAUAAACGACUUGCCAUUGCUCUAGUCCACCGGUAGUAAGAAACGAUGUCUUUUUCGUAUUGUCAUCAUUUUUUAUAUUUUUUUCAAUUACUGCGGAACUUGAUUUAAGUUGAUCUUUCUGUUGAAUAUUAAGACUUCGAAUGCUAUUAAGGAUUACAUUUUUCGUCAUUGCAACGGCCUUUUGCUAUUGGUCUUCAUAUAUAUCUACUUGGUUGGUCAUCGUAAUUUCUUCCAUCGGCAUAAAUCAUUAUUAGUUCUUUCUUUGUGUACUGUAUUCAAAGUAGUAGCAUGGGUGAGAUCUGCUUCAAUAAUUUGUUUUACAUGGGCAAAUAGUUUGACAGUUGCGUUUGUCAAUAUA